UGUGUCAGAAAUAGACACUUAUUUAAUCACAUGGGCAAAAAUACUGACAUGGUGGUUUUUCAAACUAGGAUAUUGCAUCUCGGUUGCUGCAUCAUCAUGUUUCUCCCAACUUAUGGAGAUUAUAUGAAAUCACACAAGAAAUCAAGUUUCCUUACCAACAUUACUGCAUCUCAGGGAGAAAAUGUUGUUUUGUCCUGCAAUGCUAGUAGAGAUAACAGAGGAGAUAUUGUCUGGCGUAAGAAUGAUAGUCUCCUUUACAACCAAAGCCCAUAUAAGAACCUAACUAAGACAAACUACACAACAAGCAGGAUGCAGGUUGAUCCCCAAAGUCCAUGGAAACUACAGAUAUCUAAUGUACAACCUUCAGAUGCAGGACACUAUGAAUGUUUCCCAUUCAAGCAACAAUGGAUACUGAGCAUAGAAGUCAGGAAGAACAAACCAUAUUCACUGAAACAAAUGCUGCUCUACAUAGUGCCCACAGUUACAGGACUCAUUGCAGUGUGUCUCAUUAUCUUUUGCAUUGUGUGGAAUCACAGUCUAGGCUGCAGUGAGUUGUGUGAUGGUGCAGAGAAAAUUACUGGCUGCUGGCUCUCCACAUCCAAGCACCUCAUCUAGGUGGAGGAAGAGGCUGAGGAAGAUCAUGGCUGAUGCAAUACACCCUAGUCACUUUCUUCCAAUGGCUUCCAUCUCAGUGGAGGCCAGGAGUAAGAGCUCUAAAGACUCAAACUAACCGUCAGCUCCAUACCUGCUUUCUCCACUUUCCUCUCCUGUAGUCAAUGUGCACACAUGCCUUUUAACGUAUGAAAUAUAUUUGCUACACACAAAGUGCUCAUGUCUUCAGCCACAAUACCACGGUAUAAUAUAUACUGAAGCACCUGAUUUUUACUAGACUUCCAAUGCACUUAAAAACACUUGUAGAUUGUAUAUUUAUGUAUAUACAUACAUA